AUGCUGUGCGGGUGGUGGCGAGGCGCUCUCACGAGCCAAAGAAAAUCCACUGACUGGAAGGCGGCUCAGAAGAUUCUAAAUUAUCUUCUGGAGACGGCACAUCUAACUUUGAAGUACAAGCAGGACACUAUGGUAGACGUAGGCACGUUGGUGUACGUAGACGCUGGUUUUGCUAGCAAGGCCACUGACCGUAGAUUAGUUUCGGCAGCACUAGUUCUUGUAGCUGACUGUCUUGUUGCUUGGAUUUCUAGGACGCAGAAAUGUGUCACACUGUCAAAGACUGAAGCAGAGUAUGUUGCGAUGGGUGAUGGUGUAAAAGAGGCUCGGUUUGUCAAUGGAAUGCUAGAGUUUUUGAGGCCUAGUGAGAAACUUGGUAACAUUCAAGUACGCGAAGACAACGAGGGUGCGACUGCACUUGCUGAAAAUCCACAUAGUUCGGGUAACAGUAAGCACAUUGACGUAAGGCAUCAUUUCUUUAGGAUUUUGACAGAAGAGGGAGUGUUGGCAAUCAGUCAUGUCUCCAGUGAAGGACAGCAUGCAGACAUCCUGACUUUUGCUCUAGGUUCGAGAUCUAAGUAGAUUUCUGAGUCUUGUUUUUGUUUUUGUUCUUGUUUUUCUGAUAUAUCUUUGAUCUGGUCGAGACAACAGCCCCGAGACAACAGCCCCAAGGGAGGGUGUUCGUGAUAGGUGCUGCUGUAUGUGUAGACAGAGGGCCGUAGAAUAUCUACGUUGAUUGGACGGCUUGAAUCCCGGGACUGUGUCGUCCUGGAUAGUUGAACGGCCACACAAUUAGGAACAGUAGAACGUUCUUGUAGGAAUGUUCUUCUGUGGACUGUGCAUUACUCCGAGUAUUCGUUGGGGGUAUGCUAGCUGUUCUGAGAGUUGUGUUCUGAUUUUAUGCAUUGACCGAGGGACAUGGCUGGUGGUGCUGAGGUGCUUGCCACUCUCGCCCACCACGCCCACUCCAUCUGCUACCCUGUCUCUCGAGCAAUGGCCUCAUGAUACAACAUGUUUUCCCCAGAAGCCACGAGUUUGCAACACCGCCCACGGCGCUCAGGCGGCCAACGGGAGAGACCGCCGCCGAGCUGACGGCUACGGUGAUGUCGGCCGCUGCUGAGACCACGCCGCUGGCGAGGUGCGCGCGAGGGCAGAGAGGCUGGUACACGAGCGAAGCGCAGCACGAGAUCUCCGAAGCGUCUAAGGAGAUUAAGGCGGCCAAGCAGCAACUGCGUGGGGCCUCAAAGAACAGCGCCUUCGAGGCGACCCUGAAGGCGAUGCUCAAGGCGGCGCGGAAGAAGCGCAGCAUCGCGAGGUGGAGAGCACUGGAACGUUCUUCGAGGGCUAUGUACGGCAGCUCG